CUCCAGCGGCAGUCGCUCCUUCGCCUCUGAGGCACGCACCUCGCCGAUCGGCCUUUGGAAGCAGCAGCGAUCGCUAAACAGUGUCGGACUUGCUUUUCGUUAGUGUUUCACGUUUGUUCUCCGCCGAAAACCGAGGAACUGCACAGAAUUCGCCAUGCUGGGCCGCCGACUUGUGCUGAGCCUGCUCGUGCUCUGUCCGAUUUUCACUCAAGGUCACCCGCAGGGCUAUCUGGACAUGGAUGACCUGUCGCCGGCACCGAGAUUCACUUCUCGAGGUCAGACGUACAGGGCGGUUUUGGGCGACACGCUCGUCCUGCCGUGUGAAAUCCAGAAUGUUGGCAAUUAUGUGGUAUUGUGGCGGAGAGGAGGUGACGUCCUAACUGCACGUGAGAUCAUGGUGACCCGAGACCAGAGAUUCCGUCUCGUCGAAGGAUACAACCUGGAGAUCAGGAACGUCAUGCCGCAAGACGCUGGCGACUAUGUGUGCCAGAUUUCCGCCAAAGACAACAAGGACCUCGUACACACCGUCGAAAUUCUAGUUCCCCCAACGAUUCGAGGUCAACCUUCAACUGGAUCCAUGACAGUCCGCAAGGGAGGCUCGGUGACACUGGAGUGCAAGGCAUCAGGCAACCCUGUGCCGACAAUAACGUGGACGAAAAAGGGUGGCACUUUGUUUGGCGGCGAAAAGACGGUUGAAGGAUUCUCCUUGACUCUCGACCAAGUGGACAGACACCAGGCUGGAGUGUACCAGUGUUCAGCAAACAAUGGCGUUGGACCACCGGCUACCAUUGACAUCAAUCUCACCAUCCUCUAUCCACCAGAAAUCCAGGUAGAACGCAGCUGGGUUCACUCUGGGGAAGGCUACGAAGCUCAGUUGGUGUGCAUCGUCCACGCUGACCCACCUGCAAUAGUGCAAUGGCAUCACGACAGCUUCGCCCUCGAGCCCAACGACCGCCGCAAAAUGGAGACCAAGGGCACAAAGCACACUCUUUCCAUCAGCAAUGUGCAGAGCGGUGACUUCGGAAACUACAGCUGCGUCGCCGACAACAGCCUCGGCAGAGCAAAGAAGUACAUGGAGCUGUCAGGGCGACCGAGCGUCGUCGAGUUCAAGUCUGAGCCCUACAGCAGAGGCCGCGACUUCUACAACCUGAGCUGGGAGGUGACCAGCUGGCCGCCACUGGAGGAGGCGCGUCUCCUCUGGCGGCGGGUGCAGCUCAACGAGACGCACCCUAUGCCAGGGAAGUGGCACGAUGUGGUGCUGGCGCCCAACCCCCGGACGGCGGUUGUCGGCCAGGUCACGGGCGACGGCAACAAGCACAAAGCGUCCUACGUGAUCCGGCCGCUACAGCCAGGCAGUGUUUACGAGGCCGUCGUGCAGGCCCGGAAUCGCUUUGGCUGGGGCGAGGUUUCAGACCUUCACAAGUUCUACACCAGGGGUUCCAGUGAGAGCUUGCUGGAAGAAGCAGCCAACGAUAUCAUGGGCGACGCGGGUCCACACGCGAGCACCAAGGGCAUGGCUUCGGCCUCCACCCCGUCCCGCCCCCACAGGACUGUGACCCCGGCGCUGGUGCUGCCCAUCCUGGUGAUUCUCAUCGCCGCCUGCAACUUUGUUUAGACUGACCUCCACACCACGAAGGGUGCAGAUGGUUCACAGGCGUUUCCGCAUCAUCCUUGGCACACCUUGGCGUAUAUUAUGCAACCACCCGAUCACUCUUUCUCUCUAUAUCUCUCGGCUGCACUCCCCUCCCGUUCACCCACACAGACAGACACACUUUGGCGGCGCAUAAUCACCGCACAACCAGUCAAUGGAAGGAAAGAAUUUUAACCCAAGCAAAAAGACAUCAUUAUCUCUCCUCAUCAAAUCAUCACGCUGCAUGACGCUGGCCAACCAAGCUGCAAUCAUCAUCCGAACAUAUACAGUAUAUUCCGGUCUUAUACUUCCCGCAGCGCGAUCCUCAUCAUUUGCCCCGCCACAAACCGACAAGUGUAAUUACCGAAUGGAUUCACAAGAGAAGAGAGUGAGUGUGCCGCGCACGUUGCGUGAGAGGCGAAUUUGAAUGCACCUGUCUUACUUCAUCCAGUGGACGACGUUCGUGUUUUUUGGUUUCGCGGAAAACUUUUUAGGCGGCGGUUUCAGACCAAAUCGAACCAUAACAGUUGCUUUUGUUUGCAAUUUAGUCCUCGACAGGAUUUUAGACUUUUGGUUUUAGUCCCGCUUUUUUUUGUUUUCACCAACAACUGCCGCCACGUACCAGGCUACGCAAUUUGUGCUGACUGAGAAUUGGACUCGGUGACAAAGUAACUAAUUAAUUUAAUGCAUAAGAUAUGAAUUGUGUACCAUUCUUGUCUGUGAAUUUAACGUUUAAAUGAGAUAUGUGGCAAAUAAGCUGUUGAAUCUUCGCACCUGCAUUUUUAAGCUGAUGUUUCCUUUUAUCUCUACAAAAGUGUUUUGCAACAUUUCAAAAUCUUCAACAGCUGUUGUAUUUGUCCAUGUCAUGAAUGUAAAUAAUAAUUUGAUGUGAGAAGCAAUGCGCGAUUGAUAUCAACUAACACAGUAGAGUUAUGUUCAGUGUUUUGUCGAAAUUGGUGUUCUAUUCACUCUACGAUUUUCUGCGUUUCCCUCAAAAGUUGUUUUCCCUCUCUGCAUUGCAUUAAAAACCGCAUGUAAGUGUGCUUAUUUUUGAAAAUUCAAAUACUAAUAAUUUAUUUUGUGUACUACAUGUAAAUAUAUUGUCACACACAAACAACACAACUACCAUUAUGAGAUUAUUUACCAUCUGAAGAAGCAGCGACUCUUGAUGAAAAUAACAAAAUUGUAAUAUUAGUCAUUACUCUUAUGGCUAGAGCUAUAAAGAAAUUUGAGAAAUCACCCCGGCACAGCCCCGAAAAUUUUGAACUCGCGUAAUUGUAUCGAUCCAUGUGCCAUUCGAUUGAAUGUCAUUUUGUCAUUAAACACUCACACAUUCAUUCUUAAAGGGGCUAAGUGUCGAUGAUCAAUAUGUUUCGAAAGCUAAAUAAAUUUAAUAACGAACCUUGACUUGUAA